AUGACUAUGCCUGUCAAGAACCCAUGUCCAGAGCUCAAGUCAACCUUCGUAUCCAUCCGUGAGCCCCCCGGGCCCCGCCUCAUACCCUUCGUUGGCAACCGCUACGAGUUAUAUCCAGACGUCCUCGGAAACUAUGACCGGUUAUUCUCGCUCUACGGGCCAAUGAUCAAGACAGUCAACAUGGGAACGACCAUCUACCACACGAAUGAUCCGGCCAUUGCCCGCCAUGUGUUGCGCGAGGAUCAACUGUUCACCAAGGCCACAUCCAGCCCAUCACACCCACUGCACUACAUGGCCGACCAGGACUGCCUCUUUACCUGCGACAGCGCAUCUCCAGCGUUUGCACCAAGCCAUAAAUUUGUACCCCCGACCAUGUCGCCACGCGGUAUAGCCCACUUUAUGCCGCUGAUCCAGGAUGCGGCACAAUCCAUCUUCCCAGCAUUCGAUCACUUGGCCGACGCCAAUCUCGCGAUCAAUGUCUACCAAUACAUGUUCAAGCUUGCAUCACAGAUUGUCUGGCGAGUCAUGCUCAACCAGGACCUGAAGCAGUUUGAGUCGCCCCAGACGCCCCCCUCGUUUCCCGUUCGACUAUUUGGCCAGUAUCUCUCGCUGAUGAAGAAAUCGUCAAUGCGGCCCCAGUGGUUCAAGUACCUUCCAUUCAACGAGACGACCAAAUUGAAAACUGUCCGGCAGCAGGUGCUGGACACAACCGAAGAGGCCAUGAAGAAGAGCAUUCGCAAGGACGGUCCCCCUCUGCCUUUAUCCGAGCCAAAUGCCAUCCAGAGCGCUGCCUGCGUCGCUGACUUCUUGUAUCGCGCUCGCGACAAGCAAGGCAAAGGGAUGCCAUAUGAGCUGGUUCUAGGAAACGUGGUAGUGAGCUGUGGCGCGGGGUUCACCACCAGUUCAUCUCUGCUCUCCUGGGCUCUGUACUCCCUCGUGCGGUAUCCUGGGAAUCAGCAACGUCUCUUCGAGGAGAUUACCAGACACCGCAGCAGUAACGAUGGUCGCUGGACCUAUGACGAGAUCCACGGGAUGAAAUUUCUCGACUGUUUCGUCAAAGAAGUUCUCCGUCUGCAUAGCCCCAGUUUCCAGACAGCCCGCAACGCCAAACAAGACGCGGUUCUGCCCGGGGGGUACCUGAUUCCAAAGGGAUCCAUUGUCAUUGCGUGCUUUCCUAGUUUACACAAGAACCCAGCCCAUUGGGAGAAUCCGCAGCGGUUUGAUCCGGACCGGUGGGCGCAAGAAGGUCUUGCAGCGCAAAUGGCUCGCCAGGGGUCGUACACACCCUUCGCAGCAGGGGGCCGCGGGUGUGUAGGGUUCAAUUUGGCGCUCACACAGGUCAAGAUGGUUCUAGUCGAGUUGGCCUAUCGAUACGAAUUCGACGACUCAUCGCCAGAGGCAGUCAUGUAUGAUCCUGAGUUCCUGGUCGUGCGGCCACUGAAUUUCUACGCGGGGAUAACAAGGCGCAUGCAUUGA